AUAUAAAACAGGCGAAAACCCGACUGCAGAUUUCAUAGUAGGAAACACCUUCAAAAUGACAGGAAUUGUCCUCCUCCUCUCUGUUGCUCUCGCCUUCUGCGACGCCGAGGAGCACGCGGUCAAUGAACUCUUCUCUCUGAUCGGGACGCCAUCUCAGAAGACCCAUGCAGCUGGACCGAGUGACACAUCUGAACCUGCCCAUAACCAGAGCAGAGUGGUGGGCAAGGGUCCGUCUCUGCCGGUCAACGAGCUUUUGGAGCAGAGCAGCAAAGCAGAGGAGUCCAAGUACAUCCUGCAGCCGCUGCCGGGAGGGGGGCUGCCCAAGCACAGCGAGCUGGCACCCCUGCCCCGUCCCGGGCAGCACAACAAAAGCAAAAAGGCCUCCAAGAGCGAGCGGCUGCCCACCGAGCACAACAGCGAGAAGAGCCGGGGCGAGGGACGCACGCAGGCGCCUGACUUACUUCUCAAAGCAACAGUGGUCGUUACAGCCAACCGCACGCAGAAAAACACAGCAGACACGCCGCCCCACACUCCGCCCGUAAGCGACCACGAUGUCCGUCACAACUCCAGGCCCCGCAGUCAUCCCGUCCCCGCCGCCCCCCCGCGUAGAGAUCCCCCCGGCAGGAAGCUGGAUCCAGAGGAGAACCGACCGGGAAAGUCCGGUCUGCACCAGUCGGGCAGCGGCCACAGGAACAACAGCAGGCCGUCUGUGCUCUUGAACCGCAGGUCAUCCAGCCUGCUGUACCACUUCGACGUUCUCAAGAAAGAGUCAGACUUCUCCCAAGAAGCCGUCUGUCUAAGCGAAUGCAGGAAAGAGAAGGAGGAGAGGGAGUACUACUGCUACAGUGAAUUUGCCAUCAACGGGAUUGUGCAUGACGUGGAGGUGAUCCGCAAAGGAAUCCGUCUCGUCACACUGCUGGUCAGCAGCGACGGCUUCUACAAAAUGAGCCGUCUAUAUGUCACUCCGGACAGCUACUUCUUCAAGGUGCAGGUCCUGGUGCUGGACACCUACAAGUGCAGCAAGCCGUGUCCGGAGCUCAAACUUGGGAGCAGGUACAUUGUAAUGGGACAAAUAUACCACCGGAGACGCCACCUGCCCAAUGACCUCCUGGUCCUUCUGAGUGGGAAACUUAAGCCUGGGGACGGUCUUCUGAGAAGCAACAAUUACGUCAAGAGGUUCAAUAAGAGGCGGCACCAGAAGACACAGGAGGCAUCUCGCUUGAGGUGCCGGUGAGCUCAGGAGGCACUGCUGCCCCCUGUUGCGUAGGCAGAGACACUGCAGCUGCUACCAAGAACAGUCGUAUUCUCACACAACAUUCAGUAUGCAGAAGACAGGGGAGACCAGACAGAGGCUACUCCAUCCCAUUUCAUCACAAGUGGAAUGUUGAUAUUUAUUGUGAACAGUUCCUGUCUUCUUGUUGCUUCACCUUUUUGCUGAUAUGUGAGAAAAUAGUUGAUACCCAGAACAUUCAAACUGUAGCAAGGAUCCUCCGAAAGCUGGCCUUGAAUUGCCAAAUGUCCUAGAUUAAAUCCUCACUCCCAAAAAGUAGUCAUGCAGAUGUACAAGCGAACUGCUUUAGGGGAAACAAUUUAAGUUGGAAUUUUGAAAUCCCAGAUGGUGGAUGCAUGGGAAAGCCUUUAAUGAAUGGUACAUGAAUCAAUGAUGAGCAAGCUUUCAAGCUCUGUGUCCCAUUCAGCUAUUCAAGCUCAGCCAAUAUACACAAAAUUUCGCCAGUGAGGAUAGCCAGUUGGACACUUUGUAAGUUGAAAAGGAACUGUGAUUAUUGAGUAAAGGUUUAAACAAUCUGGUACGAUUGAUGUGAUGGUAAAAACAGCUUAAAUGAAAUGAAAUUUGACCUAAGAGGGACAUUGGCAGUUAGGAAUCCUGAACUCAAACAAUUACCCUCCCGUAACUUGCAUAUCCAGGUUAUCUAAGUUUUUUUGUGGGAAACAUGGCACUGUCCUUGGCUGUAAAUACCGCUUGUCCAACUGCAGUGUUUCCUUAACAUUAGCUCUGUAGAAUUACAACAGCAUGUCUGUGCUGAUGGAAACUCGCAGAAAACCAAGGGAGUCUCUGUUGAUUCACUGGUUGGCCAGCAGAACAGAAAGUCCUUUUUUUAAUCCACGUAUACUUGCUGUUGCUCUCUCUCUCUCUUUUAUUUUCUGCGUCUUAUCAGAAUUCAGGAAAUGCACUGUUAUGCUAAAAGAAAGUGGGGGCUGGGAAAGGGGAAAGGACUGGAAAAACAACAGUGACCCAGGGAAAAAAGAAAAAAUGGCAGCAGAAUGAAAUGCUGCUUUUUACACGCGAGGAGGGUUAUUUUCCUACCUUUAAUUAUGUGUGCGCGUUGAAAUAUUUGCCUGCAAAAAAAACGACUUCAAAAGGGCCUGGCUGUAUUAAGGGUAUUUGUGCAGGAGAAGCCGUAAAUCUAAUCGCAGGAAUCUGAUCCACGCUGCACCUGGCCGCGCAGCUCGGGAGACGCAGCCAGGCCGAAAAGGAGCACCACCCAUGGCCCUUGUUUGCUCACACACAGGCAGCCUCCCAGGGGCGGGAGCUCAAAGGGAACAU